AUGACUGAAUUUGCAUGUGAUACUUGUGAAAAGCAAUUUAAACUUAAAAGAACAUUGGAUGCUCAUAAAAUGAUACACACUGGUGAGAAACCUUAUGAAUGUUCUCAGUGUCAAUAGCGUUUUAGAUAAUAUUCAUCCUUAUAGAAACAUCAAAGAACCCAUUCUGGAGCGAAACCUUAUGAGUGUGAAGAAUGUAAACAAGCAUUCUCUCAAAUUUCUAAUUUAAAGAGACACUAACGAAAACAUUCUAAUGAAAAACCUUACAAAUGUGAGUAAUGUGGCAAGCAAUUCAUUACUAGUCAAAAUUACCAAUAACAUAAUUCAAAGCAUUAAUAGGACAGAAAAUAAUACAAAUGUGAAAGUGGUUGUGGCAAAACAUACUUUUAUAUGUGCAGUUUAAAGAAACACGAAAAGGAAAUGCAUAAAAAGAUAGAUAAGCCCAUUUUCACAAUUGAAUCAUAUAAUCGAUAAAUUAAGAAUCUAAAGGAUUUCUUUACUUGCAAUCAUCCACAAAUCAUUCAUAAAAAUCAUGUAGAUGUACUUUUCAAUGGAUGUUUAUAUUAUUACAAUGAAGAAAAUUAAAAAAUUGAAUAUCAUGAACUUGUUGAUACUGCCAAACAGGAAUGUGACCCAGUUGCAGAUGAUCAACAUUUUCAAAAAGGUCAUUAAAAUACAUAGAUAGAUUGUACACAAUAUCCCCAAGAAAUGAACUGUUGUUCUACGACUAGUCAAAGAAACAUCCAAGAAUAAGAAGCUCAACAAUCAUACGACUUGCAUUAUCAUGGGCCAAACUGUGGACAUCCUAUCGUCUUGCACAAUGGCCAUAUCGAUUAUCUAGUCAAUGAGAUGCUUCAUUACCCUCAUGAUGGGCACUGCGAUAACCAUGGAAUUCUGAAUAGAAUCACAGUACAAUGA